AUAAUUGCAUCGAAGCCUAUUGGGCUGAAUCUCUUUGAUACCCAUCAUCACCAACACACUCAACCGCCUCAUCAUCAUUCUUCCCUCCCUGCAAUCUCUCUCUACAUUACACACAACUUUCUGUAUCUAUAUCUUUCACACACACUCUCCGCUUCAACAAUUCUAGACUCUUCUCAAUCCCACGUCUCAAUUGAGUGUCGGAAACGACGUCGUAGCUUGGUUUUCGAGGGUUUUGUGGCCGCCCAUGGCUCCGGGGCGAAGGCGCGGAGCGAGAGGUGCGAAAACGAAGCAGUUGAAGUUGGGAGAUCUUGUGCUCGCUAAAGUUAAGGGACACCCUGCCUGGCCUGCUAAGAUUGGCCGACCUGAAGACUGGGAGAAAAUUCCAGAUCCUAAGAAAAUUUUUGUGCACUUCUUUGGAACAGACGAAAUAGCUUUUGUUGCUCCUGCCGAUAUUCAGGAAUUUACUAUUGAGGCAAAGAAUAAAUUGGCAGCUCGCUGCAAAGGUAAAACUGUCAAAUACUUUGCUGAUGCUGUGAAGCAAAUAUGUGCAGCAUUUGAGGAGCUACAGGAAAAAAGUUCGAAUGGUGUGGGAGCUGACACUGAUAAAUCUGAUUUUGGAUCCGAGGCUCCGUCUGCUCAUAGCGUGCCAGAUGAUGCUGGAGUGACUGCCUUAGAAGUUAAAAAUGCUGUAGAUGAGCUGCAUGGAGAGGAGGUGCUUGAAGUCCCAGCAGAUCACAGUUUUGGUUUGGAGGGCUGUUCCCAGAGACAAGGUGAGAUGGACAGUAAAGACAGCAAGUCAAAAAAUAGGGAAGGCACUGUAGUUCCUUCAGAGCCCUCUUGGAUAGUGAAUCACAUCAAAGGCUUGAUUGCUAGUAAGGACAGUAGUCAUUCUGAGGCAGGACGAUCUUCGGGUGGAGGUGGAAAGGACAGUUCUUUACCAGUGCCUUCAUCAAUUAAUCCACAGUAUGUGGAUAGUGGACCUAAAGAAGCUACAAACGGUCACAACUCAAAAAAGAUAAUUUCUGGGUCAAGAAGAAAGCUUCAAGCUGAUAAUCAAGUGCAAAAAGUUAAUCGUUCAGGUGCAGACAAGUCAUCGUUACAUGGUAAUUCUAGUGAUCAUGCGAAUAUGCUUAAAUCUGGUGAAGGUAGAGCAUGGAAAAGGUCGGGUUCCAGUGGUAUAAAAGAAUACUCUCCAGAUAAGUCAAGAUCUAAUCUGGAUAUUCCAAGUGACAAAAGAAAAAAGCAAAAUUUGACAGAUAAAGUACAUCCUGAUCGAGCAGAAGAUUUACUGGACAAGAAGGUUACUACUACUAAGAAGCAUGACGUAGCUGACCUUUCUGGCAGGAAUUCUGUUACCAAGUCCCAAAUUGGUCAUGGAAAGAACAAUUUGGUAAUUGAUGCGGCUUCACAUCCUGUCAAAAGAUCUAAAUCUGAAGAUAUUACCCUUGAUAACUCCAAGGGGUCUGUCCAAAAAAACCAGCACAAUGGCCAACUUGAUAAUAAAUCAAGGAGCACAGAAUUUAGAAGGUCUAUGUUGCAAGGUAAUGUUGAAGACUGCUUUGCACCUAGGGAUGAGGAGGUUUUCCCGCCUAAUAAGCGGCAGCGUCAGGUACCUGACAUUGCUGAUGGCUCUUCCACUAGGGCAUCUGACAGCAAAACAGGAAAAGGGCCUGUUCGGAAAAGUGACAGUUUUUCUGAUAAAGCCAAAUCACCAGCUGGUCAAUAUCCAAAAAAGCGGAGAGCUGUUCGCCUGUAUGAUGAAGAUGAUGAUGAGCCUAAGACUCCAGUUCAUGGAGGACAUGUCAGAAAGGUUGAUGCACCUUUAGGUGUCUUGGGUUCUGUAAAAAAUGGUCCUUCUAAGAGUGGACAGGCGACAGGCAUACUUAAUGAUAGCGUCCCAUUGAAGGUGUCUUUGUCAACUGUCAAAGUACUUAAUGAGUCCUCGAUGAGUUCUCACAAGCAUGUAGAAGUACAGAACCCCAUACAAGCCUCGACACAUAUUCCCGUUAGUCAUAUGAAAGCUGAAUCCGUUAUGAAAUCUUCUGAGGAGUCAAAACAACUUGGACUAUCUCCAGUGCAAUCUCCCUUAUCGGUUUCCACUAGGAAGCCUGUCGUAGAAUCUCUUAAAGCCAAUAUGCUAGUGGGCAAGACAUCUGAUAAUAUUUCUUAUCGGAAUUCUCAAUCUAAGUCUAAUAAAAACAUGGUUGUGUCUCCUGAUUGCACAAAUCAUUCUCCAAGUCAAGGAAUGCGUGAAAGAAAUAAAUCUAUUGCUUUUGUGGAAAGGAAGAAAGAUACUCCAAAAUCAAGCUCAAGGACGAAUGACUCGAUUCUUUUAACAGACAAAACUUUGGAUAUCAUUUCCAGUGGUGACAGGAUGGACAAAGACAAAGAAGCAGCCAGAGAAGAUAAAAUGUCUGUGCUCUUGGAUGCAAAGAUUGAGGACUCGUCUUCAUCUAUGAAGCAUCUUAUUGCAGUUGCUCAGGCGAAAAGAAGAGAAGCUUACUCUCAAAGCUUUUUUCAUGGAAAUUCUUAUUCCGAUGUGUCUGGAGGGAGUCCCAAUGUCGUGUUUGCUAUUCCACCUAUUCAACCAAGCUCGAUCAUCCAACCUGAUACUCAUGGAUUUAAUGCUCAGUCAACUGUACCUUCUCCAUCUUCUCAAAUUCCUCGGCCUUCAGCAGAUAAUCAUCCUGAGAUUGAAGAGUUUGAGGAUCUAAGAUAUGGUUCUGGGCAGCGAGCUGCUAAUGAUCCUCUUACUGGUGGCACUGAGGCAGCUGUUGCUCGUGAUGCAUUUGAAGGAAUGAUUGAGACCCUCUCACGGACUAAAGAAAGUAUUGGGCGUGCAACUCGUCUUGCAAUUGAUUGUGCCAAGUAUGGUAUUGCCAAUGAGGUAGUGGAGCUUCUCAUUCACAAGUUGGAAACGGAGUCUAGUUUUCAUCGCAAAGUUGAUUUGUUUUUUCUAGUGGAUUCCAUCACACAGUGCUCUCAUAGUCAGAAAGGCAUAGCAGGAGCUUCAUAUAUUCCUACAGUUCAAUCUGUGUUACCUCGCCUCUUAGGAGCUGCUGCUCCUCCUGAAGCUGGAGCUCGGGAGAACCGCAGACAAUGUCUAAAGGUCUUGCGUUUAUGGCUUGAGAGGAAAAUUUUGCCAGAAUCUCUUCUUCGAAAAUGUAUGGAUGAUAUAGGAGUUUCAAAUGAUGACUCAUCUGCUGGAGCUUUUUCAAGACGUCCAUCGCGAGCUGAGCGGGCAGUAGAUGACCCUAUUAGAGAGAUGGAAGGCAUGCUUGUUGAUGAAUAUGGGAGCAAUACUACAUUUCAGUUGCCUGGCUUUGUGACUUCUCAUGUUUUCGACGAUGAAGAUGAGGAAGACGAAUUUCAAAUUCCUACAUGCAAAGAACAUGCUGCUGAUAUAUCACCAGUCGAGCUGACUUCUACAGCUGAAGAAGCUCAGAAGCUUACAGUCGACCAAAAUGACAGGCGCCACUGCAUCUUAGAGGACGUGGACGGUGAGCUUGAAAUGGAGGAUGUAUCAGUCCACUUAAAGGAUGAAGGUGCUUCAUUCGAAAUUGUUUCAAAAGAAGAGCAAGGUUCAGACAUUAUAUUAGAAGCAGACUCAAAUACAUAUGCACAAUUGCCUUUUCCUAUGGGUUCCCCGCCAUCACCUCCUGAUUCUCCUCCUGCAACUCCCCCUUUGCCCACUUCACCACAACCACUAUCUAUACCUCCUCCACCGCCUCCAUCAGCUCCAUUAUCACCUCCUCCACCGCCACCUCCCCCUGCCCAACAGGCACAACCACAUCCUCCACCUCUUGUUAGCAUACUUCCAUACGUAGCUCCUCAGUCAUCUGUUAUACCUCAACCUUCUUCAUUACCUCAACAUGUGCACCCGCAUCCAUUUCAAGCAUCAGUAACAUCAUCUUCACCAAAUUUGGCAUAUCAACUUCAGGGUACCCAGCUUUCCCAGUUGGCCGGAAGUAAUCCUCAUGGAGCUCAUAUAGAUGCCAAUAUCAGGAAUGGGAUGUAUAUACAGCCACCAUCUUGCUAUGCCUCUUCAGGAGUUGGCAAUGUACAUGAGCCUACUGGUUAUAAUUCAGGAAGGCCACUUGAUUGUGGUAAUACUGAUCAGUACAUAAAUCAUCAAACUGCUCAACCCAGUCAACAAUUUCAAUCCAUGCCUAUGUCACAAAGACCUUUCCAUCCUGCUCCACCAUCGCAAGCCCCAUCGAGUCAGUUUUCAUAUUCAAAUUCAGCUGUCCAACAACGUCCUCAGCAUCAAUACCCACAACCAUACACAUUACCAUCACAUCCUGAUGGACCAAGACAAUAUCAUACUGAUGAUAAAUGGAGGAUGCAAUCAAGUGAGUUUAGCACCAAUAAUCCUAAUGGCCCAUGGAUAAAUGGAACGAGAAGUUCGUUGGUACCACCAGUCCCCCCAUUUGCUCAUGACGUGGCAGGUUAUUUUCGGCCACAUCUGGAGAGGCCUCCCUUAGUUCCUUCCAGCUUUCAACAAUCUGCUGUAAACGCAAUUCCAGUGGUACCUCCAAUCCCAGGACAAAAUGGUCCCCAGAUGAUCCCCUGUAGACCAGACAUGUCUUCACUUAGUUCCUGGAGGCCGGCUUAGGCCAAUCUAAUACUACAUGUUACUUCUGAGGGCCGUGGCUGAAGAAUUGGGUUGUUUGUAAAUCAUUUAGUGAAAUAUAUAUCAAGCACAGAACGGAGGUGUUACAAAGUUUUGAGGACUUGCAGGACUCUGUAUAUUAUAAUUUUUCCUGGCAGAUGAUUCUUGAAGAGAUUACUUCCAAGUGUAAGCCCAUGUUUCUCUUAAAUACAUCUAACAUUAACUGUUGUAAUUAUAUCUGUAGACUGUAGCACUAACAAAAAUGUUUUACACCUAAAUCUUUACGUUUAACAUAGGCUUAUUGAAGAACCACAGAUAAACUUCCUUUUAAACCUUAAUGAUUCACUUUUUGAAAAACUCUUUUGAGUUGUGUUUCUUUUCUUUUUUAGAAUUAUGUGAUGGGUUGGUAAUGAAAUAUUCUGUUAUUUGUUUA